CCCAGCCCUACGGCACCCCCCUGCUGAUGGAGACCGCCCGCGGCUGCGGCGGCCGCGAGUGCCCGCUGAUCCGCGAAAAGCAGGCCUCCUUCGGGGUCCCGAAGAAACGCCCGCGGGUCGGCCAACAGGGAGGUGCCACCACGGAGAACAACAACACGGUCGACGUAAACGCGACCCAGGUGGCCAACGCGCUGGUGGAUCUCUUCGCCCUGCAAAACCCGCAGGGCGAGACCUUCUGCGGCAACGUUUUGUACGAAGACGACUCCUACGGCAUCAUGAAGGCGGGAGAAAGAUUGCCGCUGUUCUGGGAAAAGCUGAACCAGGAUCCGAUGUUCCACGGUGCGAUGGCAAAUGACGAAUUAACGGAGAGCACUCUGCUUGGUAGUUCAUCUUCGGAUAGCUCCAACGGGAAGAAUAAAAAAUUCCCCACCGAGCACGUGUACAUCCACGACAUGAUCUCUCUAUCCCGCUCUGAGGACUUCAACUGGGGCCUGACCGGCUUCGACAACUUCCCUGUCGCGGCACUGACACUGUUCCAGACCGUCACGCUGAGUGCCUGGGUGGAUCUGAUGUAUUUAUUCGAAGACUCGCACGAUGUGACCUUCGCGCGGUGCUUCUUCUCGCUGAUGAUUCUGCUCGGGACAUUUUUCGUUUUGAACGUCACCCUGGCCGUCGUCUGCGACGCCUUCAAUGAUCCGGUGAACCAGAACGCGUCCAAGGCACAGACCAGACAAGCGCGCGGCGAAGCCUCUCCCGUCGUCUCGUCCGGAUUGGUCGGCGGGGUCGCCGCGCCCUCGGCGUCGCAACUGUUCGCCGCGCAGCAAUCGGCCUUGAAUCUGCGGUCGGGGUCGAAGGAUACCACCCAGUCGAAUUCCACGUCCUCCUCUAGCGGGGCUUCCUCGGACAACUCCGUUCUGGUCGUGGACACGGGGGACAUCGUCAUUGACCAAUCGCGCGACGUCGGUGAGGUGGUGGACGCGGAGGAGCGGGACCAGCAGAGGAUGAAUUUGGUAGUCUCCGCGUUCAGCACAAUUUCAUUAGGUGCGUUUUUAGGGACGGGCAAAUUGGAUAAAAAUGGAAUGACGGAAUUGACUUCCUCGGAGAAAAUGAACAAGUUCCGGCAGAGGAAAUCAAUUUUCAACCUCGAAGAAGGUGAAGGCAGUGCCUCGAGCAACGCGUCCUCCACCGGCUUGCAGAUCGAAACCAGCACGCGCGUAUCAAAUGCAAAAAUGUCUGGGUCUGGAAGAAUGCAGACUUGUCAUGCAUAUUUUCCAUGCCCCAUGAGGUCUGGAAUGCGGGACCUAGCGCGACAGAUAGAUACUGCGAAGUCUCUAUCAUGCCUACCCGGCAUGAGAAACUCGCGCUCAUGUUGGUUAAAAAAGGACAACUUUUGGUGAACACGCAACACGGAUUGAGAUUCUUGUGUGGCCCACAGGACGCAUCACAAGUUCCAUCCUCCCAGACCCAGACAUUUUUGCAUUUGAUAGCGCGUGACCGACGAGUCCGGCGGGAAGGCGACGCCGUUCGGCGCGAUUUACGCGUCUACAACAGGCGCGACGCCGCCGGGGAACUUGGGAUUUGCAGUGGAGAGCGGUGCUGCUCCUGCAACUGGCAGUGCUCGCCCGUCGUCAGGUGGGCUUUUGUCGGAGGAGGCGUUGCACCUAGGGAUCACGCAACUUCAAUUGCAAAGAAGGCAGCGGAAGAUGGAGCGGCAGAUGCGGAGGGAAGGAUCUAGCAUGUCGACGUUCAACGCAAUAAACUACCACGAGGACACGCAGGCCGUGCACAGCAUUGACGACGCAGUUGUGGCACAGGAUCUUCGGAGAAGCGGUUCAAUCUUCGAAGGCGGAAUUAUUGCGAGAUUGACCGACUGCGGCCUCGGAGGAGGUUCAACGUCGCCGGUGGACGACGAGCUUGGGAGGAAGGGCGGGGAUAAGAUCGAAAUGGCGACCGAGCGAGACCCUAUCAUGGAAUACACACCGCAUGCGGGAGGAGGAACAGCGGAACGAGUAGGGUUCGCCAGAAAUGUCGAGCCAGAACUCUACGCCUUCCUGACAUCGAAAAGCGAGGCCGACGAUGUGGUAACACCAGCGGCGGGCAGUCCGGCCGAGGGCGAGCUGGAAGAUCUGCAAUCCGGCAGCGCCGGUGAGCACGACGGAACAAUGGAAAAUAGAGCCUUCUCCGUAAACGUGCAUGUGUACGAGGAGGGCGAAGCCGGUGAAGGUGACCCGGAUGACUCGGGCACGGAGGUGCAGUCCUCCCUGCCGAGCAAGUCUUCCUCUAGUCACUGGGAGGAGCUCCACGAACUCCGCGCACUGUCGAAAACGAAGGACUUGACGAAAAGCAGCGGUGCGGAAGGCGAACAAAGUGAUCAGAAAGCAGGAGAAUCGGGGCAAGAGACUGGCACCGACUCGGAGAACAACCAGCGACCGCGGCCGGGCGAGCUGAACGUUUACGGGCGAAUUUUGCAGGAUCCCCGCGUGCACGAUCCCCGGUCACAUUUCUACGGCAUGGAUGUGACGAGGAUCAAGUACAACGCAUUUGGCCGCCCACUGCGGUGGCAGUCGGAGGAGCUGGAGGCGCAGCACCGGCAAAAGCUGUUUCGAGCCAGCGCGGGACUCGGGAACAAAAGCAAGUUCUUUCUUGCACAGCAGGAGUCCAUUUACGCACAAACCUCUUCCACCGCGUUGGAUGCACACGAGAAGAGUCUGCGGAGACGGGUGUCGCGGAUCUCCAGCAUGACGAAAACCCAGAUCGCGCUGAAAUCCCGUUCCGCGGUCGACCUGAUAAAGGACCGGUCCAUCAAAGUGCACAAGCACGUGAGUCGGAAGCGUAAGAUGUCCCGCGCGGCGCAGUUCGCCGCCGCCCGGUUGAUGCUGACGAUGGGCGACAACAAGCAGAAGAACAAGUCGAAGGUCAGCGCACAGGGCCAGUGGCUGCGCGCGCGGGCGUUUAAGUUCGUGGAAACAACGCGGUUUCAGAACACGGUGAUGUUCUUCAUUGUCUUGAACGCAUUCAUCCUUUCCCUUGACAAGUUCCCGCCACACCAGAAGAAUGUCCGAGAUGUCUUUUUCGUGCUAAAUCUGGUCUGCUACGCCGUGUUCCUCAUCGAGGCCUUUCUGAUGCACUUGGCACUGGGGUUUCAGAUGUACUGGUUAAAAUUAGGGACCGCGUUCGACGGCGCGAUCGUCGUCGUAUCGACGUUAGAGCUCGUUUUCAAAGGCGACGACGCGGCUGGAUCCUCCUUGACCGCGUUCCGCGCUCUCCGGAUCCUGAAGCUCGCGAGGUCGUGGCGGUCCUUCCGGCUGCUGCUGAAAUCCGUCCUGGGGACCCUGACCCAGAUCGGCAACUUCGUGCUGCUUUUGCUCGUCGUCAUCUACAUUUUCGCGUUACUAGGUCAGUCGUUUUUCGCCACGCACAUGAUGUUUGACCCGAUGUACGGCACUUUUUUGGGCGAAUGCGCCCCCAUUUCGCAGCUGAAGAAAAACGCCGAGUGGUGCUACCAGCAGUGCCACAUGCACGACGCGCUGCAGCAGAAACCCGCAGCGGCGCUCUCCCAAGCGACGGACGCGAGCGGCGUUGUGGUCCGGAAUUUGAACAAGUGCCUGCCACGCUGGCACUUCGACGACUUCCUCUGGAGCUGCUUGACGGUGUUUCAGCUGCUCAGCGGAGACGCGUGGCACGAGAUUAUGUACGACGGGAUCAAAGCGCGGGGGUACGGGUACGGUCUGUACUUCAUUGUUGUGCUCACCGGCGGGGUGUUCGUCGUGCUAAACGUCUUCCUGGCGAUCUUGAUUGGCAACUUCGGUGAGCAGCAGGAGCGGGAGCAGGCCAAGCGGGAGAGGAAGUUGUUUGUCCAGCGGCGCAGCAAGGCGGUGCGAGAUCUGGACGCGAUUGGGAAAGAAAAGGACCGCGAGGGCGACGCUUUUAUCGUCCGUUGCGCCUACGGGGUACGGGACUUGAUGGUCGAGACGUUUUGCGCCGCCCCUCCGCCGUUGAAGGACCAGAAUGCGGAAGCGGAAAAUAAAUCACGAGACAAUCCAGCUGCGCUGGAAGAUAGGGAGGACGAAGACGAGGAUGAGCACAGCACGCCACAACAGCACGACAGACUGCCAUCGCAUUUGCUGAAGAAGCCUUCGCAGCCCCACCCGCUGGACGUGAUUCUCGAGUCGCCCCGUCGGAGUGCGAGUGCUGAAGAUCUUGCGCAAAGCCCGAGAGGUGGAAGUAGAAGUGGCUCGAAAGAAAGGCAACAAUCGAGCUUUUUCGAGGCACAGCACACACUCGUCGACGAAGGAGCUGGGACGGGUGGAGACGGGGCUGCAGCUUCUGGUGGUAGUAACGUCCCUGCCGGACCGACUGCCAUGUACCGGCCCUCGCGACGGAUAAAAUUGGUUUCCGACACUGGGGAAGCGAUCCCCAUUUCCAGUGACGAGUCCGGUGUCUACGCCGUGCGCGAACAACUUUCAAAAGAGUGGGACGAUCAGCAGCAGGGUCCGACGAAUCACACUGGCAAAAAUGCAACCACUUCAUCAGGACCAGGAGCGAAUAAAACUGGAGCAGGGGCAGCUGACACUGCCACGACCGGCGCCACGUUCCUCGCUGGGACUACGAACCUCUACAUGCUCAGCCCGAGAAACAGCGACAAGAACCUCCAGACGGACCCCACAAAAGUUUCCUCCACCCUCCCAUCGGUUAUCGCCGAGCAGGUGAGAGGGUUCUGCGGUUUUUUCCAGAGCAUUUCCUCCUCUUGCUGCGCCGGUUGCUGCCAGUUGAUCGGCGGAGACAAGGCCAGCAUCUCUUUCCGAGAGUUCAUGACACUGACCAUCCUCCACCCGUAUUUUGAACGGGUCAUCUCGUGCUGUAUCGUCAUUUCCGCGCUGUUCAUUGCGGCGCAGAAUCCGCUGGAAAACCCGAACGCAGAUUGGUACAAAGCAAUGGAUACAGGCAAUCAGGUCUUCACGGUCAUUUUCACGGUGGAGCUUCUCUGGCGGAUCUACUGCUUCGGCCUCUUUUCCUUUCCAAACAAGCCAAACAAGUAUCUGCCGCCACCAUCAGGAGGAGGGUUAGCUGUUGCUUCUGCCAAAGACGGUGGCAGUACUAGCUCCGCAUCCGUGAUGAAGGCCGCUCAAACUAACACGACGGCUGCCGAAAAUCGAGACGUCUUCGCAUCGCGCGAGUCGAGUAAAGCCAGGAGUGUCCCCGGGGUGAGUUUCACGUCUUUCUACUCAGUAGAAGAGACUUCAGAAAAAAAAACCGAGAACGGCAGCAGGCCGUCCACCGUCCCGCGACUGGACUCCAUCACACCCGUUUCCACACCAAAAACCACCUCCGACCAGCCGUUUUUCGAGCGCCUCGUGAAGAAAAUGGAGAAAGCGACCCGGCGCGAGCGCACCAAACUGAAACCCGGCGAGCGCCACAAAAUCGACCAGCGCGUCCCGUUUCUGAAGAACGCCUGGAACUACCUCGAUUUGGUGGUGGUCGUCAUCAGUUGGGUAGACGAAUUGAUGUCCCAAGCCCAGGGGGAAGGACUCUCCGGUUUGCGCGGUCUGCGGGUCUUCCGCGCCCUGCGGCCGCUGCGCAUGGUGCAACGGAACGAAUCGCUGCGGUUGGUGGUCGACACGAUUUUUCGUGUCUUGCCGCAGCUCGGGAACAUUGUGCUCGUGGCCGGCGUGGUCUUCCUGGUGUUCGCGUUGGUCGGGGUGAGUACCUUCAAGGGCUCGUUUUUUUCCUGCCAGACCUCCGAGUUCCUGCCCUACAUGUACACCGCCGUGGAUCCGGGGAAGAGUUCCGAGUCUCUCUUCAUCGACACGACGAAUUUUUACCAGAGGAGUUACUACGGUGCGACUACUUCUGGCGCGGCAAAUCCGACGACCCUGCAGCCCUACAAGCGGUUCUCGAGCGACACGCCCAUCUGCGUGUUGCACUGCCCGAACUCGCCCAACCCGUACUGCCAUCAGGAACCCGUGUGGGGCUACCAGGUAAUGAAGUGCUCGCAUUGCGCCCGGGCGAACUGCCCGUCAAAUAUCCGCUAUUUCUCCACGGACGGCUACACGGAGCCUUUGAACUCCCUUUAUUCCCCCGGCCCCGGCGUGAUUUCCGACCUGCGGACGCUGAAGAACUACUACCACUUAAGUGACGACGAGAGCUUUGACAGCUGUUACGACACGUGUCAAAGCGACCUCUACUUCUGCCGGGACAACCGUGACAGCUACGACUGCCUGCAGGAGUGCAUCUCGCAGUGCCUCUGCUCGGACCACUGCGAACCGCUGUCCGACGACGCGGCGAACUGCGUGGAGCAGGGCGGGAAAUGGUUGAACUUCUACGAGAAUUUCGACACAUUUCUCUCCGGGAUGCUGACGUUGAUGGAACUCGCAACCUUACAGUCCUACGGCGAAACGUUGUACAAGGGCGUGGACGCGCGCGGCCCGUACCUCGAGCCGCAUCGGGACGAGACGAAGGGCGCGAGCUUGUUCUUCGUGCUGUUCCUGUUUCUCGGCGCGUUCUUCAUUUUGAACCUCUGCAUCGGGAUGACAGUGGACACGUUUCACCGCGUGAAAAAGGAAGGCGGGAUAUCCUGUGUCAAAACGUCCCCACCCCAGAGUUGUCAUGCAGAUUUGCCAUGACUGGAACAUUUAUGAUGCGCAACCCCAUGACAGGCAUUUUCAAUCGUGUUUGGGAACUUGUAAUGCUGUAAACAGGAUCAGCAGAUCGAUUUGUGAUGCGGCUUUCCUUGCUAACUUGCACUACCUUACCGACUGAAACUUGUCAUGCGUGACUCCCAAAACUCCUAGGCUUGUGUUGCAAAAUCCCCAUCUUGAAUCUGGUGUGGGGACGUUUUUAAUCAGGAUACGGGAACCGGAGUCUGUUUCUCACCGACAGCCAAAAGUCCUGGCGGCGGUGUCAGGACUUGCUUGCGAGUCACCCGCAGUUUUUUCUUUUGACCAACCUGCAAAAUUCGUACAGCAGCCAGGCGAGAAGACGGAUUUUCGUUUUGGUUUCCCAGGAUUGGUUCGACACGACGAUCAUCCUCUGCAUCUGCAUCAACACGAUCCUGCUCUGCCUGAAAAUCGUCCCGGAACCCGCGUCCGCACCGGGCUACAGCUUCGCGCUGGAGCUCGGGAAUUUGAUAUUCCUGGUCGUUUUCAACGUCGAGCUUUUCCUGAAACUCUAUCCAGGAAAAAACACCCAUCAUCCCCAUCCAAUUUGUCAUGCAAAACAUGCAUAAGCUGCAGUGUUUGCGAUGCAAAAAAUGGAUGGGGAUGGGUGUUUUUUCCUGGAUGAACUCUUCGCCAUGCGCGUCGCCUACUUCGAGCUCGGCUGGAACCGCUUCGACUUCCUCUGCGUGCUGGCCUCCGACAUCGGGUUCGUGCUCACCGCCGCCUUCACGUUUGUAAACGACGCCGCGGUGACCAGUUUGGUGGUGCUACGGGUGUUCCGCGUGGCGCGGUUGUUUCGGUUGGCGAGGUUUUUGAAGGGGUUGAACCAAGUGUUCACGGCCUUCGUGUUGUCGAUUCCGAAGCUGUGCAACGUCGGGGGGCUGGUCACGCUGUUGCUCUUCUUCUACACGAUCAUUGGCAUGCACUUGUUCGCCAAAGUGCAGCAGUUCGGGUCCAACGUGACCAUCUUAUGCAUUGCAAAAGUAUCGUACUCGUAUGAAUGCAAGUCUUGCAUUACAAAUCAUUUUCUUAAGGCAAAUCCGCAUUACACAUUUUAUUUCUCAUGCUGAGGCAGGAAAUUUGUAAUGCAUUUAUACGAGUGGGAGUGCGAUACUUUUGCAGUUCAUACAUCUCGCAACACAACGAAUACGCAAACUUCCGCACCUUCUGGAAGGCGUUCAUGACUCUUUUCCGUAUAAAAUUUUUGAAACGGGCUGUUAGUUUUCGUUUUGACACUGAAGAUGAGUUUGGAUUCGCUUGCUUAUUCUUCUUGUUUAUUAACAUGAGCUAGGGCUAGCAUCCAUCUUCCUCAUGCUUACGACAGACUUUCCGUGAUAUUCCUUCACAACAGGUUGCGUGACCGGGGAAGGUUGGAACACGUUGAUGCACAAUUAUGCUGCUGAUGAGUACUUUUACAAAUCGAUCAUUGAGAAGCAGUGUGUCUCCUACAUGGACGUCGCGAACAAUUAUGACUACUACGACAAGGAAAAAUUACUCACCAACCCGAUUGAGUGCGGCACUCGCUACAGCUACUGGUUUUACCUCUCCUUCGUUUUCGUGGUCUUGAUGCUGGCCCUGAACCUUUUCAUCGCCGUGAUUUUCGAGGCCUAUGACGAAUCCAACCAGGACGACCAGGAGUUUCAGGACGUCGCCGAUCACUGUCUGAAAUCGUGGCAGCAAUACGAUUUAAAGUGCACCUGCUACCUCGAUUUGGACGACGCACUAGUCUACAUCGACAAGAUGCUGCAGCAACUGGACAAAAUCGACCCGAAGUGGAAGCAGUACGCCACGGAGAAGUUGGAGUGCGACCCCUCGCUGUGGAGUUUGUCUUUCGCGAAAUCGCUUUACCUCCGGAUCGACGUGGACCGGCAGGUCCCGGUGGUCGCUUGCGUGUUGAGCAUCUUGCGAUUUCUGAUCAUCCACGGGGACAGCGGUGUGGAGUCGACAGACGCAACGACAUUGGCGGACCAACAGGAAAAGCACAUGGAAGUGCUAAAGGAGUUGGAGCAGAUGAAUGAUGAAUUUUACGCCGCAUCGGAUUCAUCCAUGUCUCUAGCAGCAUUCGGGAAAAUGCUCAGCCCACGGAGAAAGCGAAGCAGCGACGCUGGUCAUUCUGGGACCAGGCAGGGCAGUAAUGUCAGCGUGGUGAGCAGCAGAACGCCGUCGAACGUCGGCGGAGGAGCAGGACAAGAAGGGGAUAGUACAGGUGGUCAACAAAGCCAGCAAAAGGUGCGGAAAUUGAUCCCGCUCGAAUUCCACGUGGCGGCGUCAAAAAUUCAGCGGAUUCGGAGGGAAAUCGUUGUGAACAGGAAAAUGAGAGCGACAAAUAGGGCGAGCAACGCUAACUUGUUCAGUGGUAUCGCUUUUGCAGUUGAUUGACUGGUGUGCAGCCAUGUGGUCAAUAAAUUUUGGUUUUCCGUGAUUUUGGUGUGCAUGUGUAUCAAAAACAACUACGACGAUCACAGCUAUACCCUAAGGGUCCAAAACAUAGAAGUACUUAUUCCAGCAUCAACUACGAGUGAAUUCGGAGAAGAUGUUGCUCACGCUUAUUGCAUGUUUUCUUUUCCC